AUGCCCUCCAUCAAGGCGGCCAUCCUCGCCUGCCUGGCCACGGCCUCGCAACUGGCCUCAUCAUGGCCGACAGCAAGCAUGGACGGCAUCAACAUCCUGUCGCGCCAGAACCAGGUCCAGGAUGAAUACGACUACAUCAUCGUCGGCGGCGGCACGUCAGGCCUGACUGUCGGCAAUCGCCUGACUGAAAAUAACAGCGGCGUCUCUGUCCUCGUCGUCGAGUAUGGCUACUAUGACAACCAGUCGGGGAUGAACCCCCGGCGUAUGUUCAACCUCACGUCCCGGCCUCAGCAGAACCUGAACGGCCGGUCUUUUUCCGUGGGUAUCGGCUGCGUCGUGGGCGGCAGUUCCAACGUCAACGGACAGGUGUUCCUGCGCGGGACGUCCGAAGAGUACAACGCCUGGGCCGAGCUUGGUGGACCAGGCUCGACCUGGAACUGGGAGGGCUUGCUGCCAUACUUUAGAAAGGGCAUCACCCUGACUGGUCCUAACCCGCAGCACGCGCAAGAGUUCAACAUCAAGUGGGACAUGCAGUACUGGGGCACAACUUCCAAGAUUUACGCAACCUUUGGUCGCGAUGCUCCGACACAGCUCAUGAAGGUCCUCUACAAUGCCAUGGCCGCCAUGCCGGGCAUGACCGUCCCCGUCGACAGUGGCGCCGGGCAGGCGGGCCUCUACUGGUAUCCCAUGUCCAUGGAUCCUACCAACUUUCAGCGAUCAUACUCCCGCACAGGUCACUGGCAUGGUAUCAGCAGGCCCAACUACCAGAUGGUUGUCGGUGCCAAGGUCAACCGAAUCCUCUGGGGCGCUGAAAACACGGCGACGGGGAUCCAGUUUGUCAGCCGCAACCAAACGGGCGGGCCGGCCACGCAGGUGCGCGCGCGCCGUGAGGUCCUGCUAGCGGCCGGUACGGUGCACACACCGCAGGUGCUGAUGCUCAGCGGCGUGGGGCCCCAGGCAUUGCUCCAACAGGCCCGGAUCCCCGUGCGAGUUGACCUGCCGGGCGUUGGCAGCAACUUCCAGGACCACAGCUACAUUCCCAGCAUCGCGUAUCAGUGGGGCACGACGCCUGGAGGCGGCGGUGGAUUCCCGGGGUUCCCGACGCAGGGCGGUGCGCCGGCGCUCGCGGCCAUGAUCGGUCUGCCGGUAGUCAGUCCACAGCGGUACCAGCAGCUCGCAACGCGAUACGAGAGCCAGAACCCCACGAGUCACCUGCCGUCAAGCUACACGGCAGAGCAGAUUGCAGGGUACCGGAAGCAGCAGGAGAUCUACGCGCGACUGAUGCGUUCGACCAACGUUGUGUUCCUUGAGAUGAUGAUGUACGGGCCUGGUGGCAGUGUACAGAACCUGCACCCGCACUCACGCGGAACAAUCCUCAUCAACCCAUCCAACCCAGAGGGAGACAUGAUCAUCGACUACCGGGCGGCGACCAACGACGUGGACCUCGAGGUCAUGAUCGAGACAAUCAAGUUCAUGCGGCGAUACAUGACGACGGGCCAGUUGGCGCAGUACAACGCCAGAGAGACGUCGCCGGGCACCGGGGUGAGCAGCGACCAGCAGCUGAUCCAGUGGGCCAGGGGCCAGGUCAUCCCGUCAGUGUAUCACCCGGUGGGGACGUGCUCGAAGCAGCCGAGGGAGCACGGCGGUGUCGUCGAUGAGAACCUCAGGGUGCACGGCACAAAGAACCUCAGGGUGAUUGAUGGGUCCAUCAUGCCGACGAUUGUGGGCGCGACGACAUCGAUGGCCGUGUAUGCCAUUGCUGAGAAGGCCGCCGAUCUGAUCAAGACGACCUAA